CGUCUGAUUUAUAUGUGUGCGGGUCGUAUAUGAACGUAUGUAACUAGUUUAAACAUGUCAGAAAGUCACGGAAGGAGAAGACAGAUACGUUCAGUAAGCCGCGAGACAAGUGUCAUACCAACGAAAUUCAAGAAUUUCACAUUGGCGAAUUUCUCACGUCUACUAUUUCUGUUUCCAUGAUGGCCGCCGCGAUGUGGCCUGGAGUAUUACUUCUACUACUGUUACUAGCAGUCCUGCUGCAUCCAUCAAGAUGCUCGCAGGUAAAAGUGAAUUAUCGAGAGAAGGAAAAGCAGGUGUUGGACAACAUCUUAGGGCCAGGAAGAUACGACGCGCGUAUCCGGCCGAGCGGGGAAAAUGGAACAGAUGGGCCGGCCAUUGUCCGGGUAAACCUGUUUGUGCGAAGCAUCGCGACAAUUAGUGACAUCAAGAUGGAAUACUCCGUACAAUUAACAUUUCGGGAACAAUGGUUAGACGAGAGACUACGAUUUAAUGACUUCGGAGGUCGACUGAGAUAUUUAACAUUAACAGAAGCCAAUCGCGUAUGGAUGCCGGAUUUAUUCUUUUCAAAUGAGAAGGAGGGUCAUUUUCAUAAUAUUAUUAUGCCCAACGUUUAUAUACGAAUCUUUCCAAAUGGUUCGGUUCUUUACAGUAUACGAAUAUCAUUGACACUCUCGUGCCCCAUGAAUUUGAAAUUGUAUCCUCUGGACAAACAAGUUUGCUCGCUACGCAUGGCCAGCUACGGAUGGACGACUACCGAUUUGGUCUUCCUUUGGAAAGAAGGUGAUCCCGUCCAGGUUGUUAAGAACUUACACCUGCCUAGGUUCACCCUAGAAAAAUUUCUCACCGACUAUUGCAACAGUAGAACCAAUACCGGAGAGUACAGUUGCCUGAAAGUAGACCUGCUCUUCAAGAGAGAAUUCAGCUACUAUCUCAUCCAAAUCUACAUCCCCUGCUGCAUGCUUGUCAUCGUCUCCUGGGUCUCUUUCUGGCUGGAUCAAAGUGCCGUACCUGCUCGAGUAUCGUUAGGCGUGACAACACUACUGACUAUGGCCACGCAGACAUCGGGAAUAAAUGCCUCACUGCCACCAGUCUCCUACACAAAGGCCAUCGACGUUUGGACGGGGGUAUGCCUGACCUUUGUAUUCGGUGCGCUACUCGAAUUCGCCUUGGUGAAUUAUGCAUCGCGCAGCGAUAUGCACAGUGACAACAUAAACAAAAAAUUCCCACCGAGCGAAAUGGAACACUCCUCCUCGGUUGAUCCAACAUCGGAGGUCCUCGACGCGGACGGUUCGGCGAAUUUCGCCAUGAAGCCUCUGGUCCAACACCCGGAGGAUACCAUGUCGAUGGAUAAGAUGCAGCAGUGCGAAAUACAUAUGCAACCGCGAAAAAAAAACUGCUGCAGGUCGUGGCUGUCCAAGUUCCCGACGAGGUCCAAGCGCAUCGACGUCAUCUCACGAAUCUUCUUCCCCAUCGUAUUCGCUUUCUUCAACCUGACGUACUGGUCCACGUAUCUGUUCCGGGACGAAGGAGGGCGAGUAAAUCUCGAGGAGGAAGCGCUCGGAUCAAGGGACGUGGCUCGCGGCCAUCCCCACCAUUAUUCCCACGGAAGAACACAUCGUUCGCGUCCUAAACAUCGACACUAUCACCAUCACCAACACAAUCAUCAACAUCAGCAUCAGCAUCAACAACAACAGCAGCAGCAGCAGCAGCAGCAGCAACCGUCGCAACAGCAACAGCAGCAGCAGCAUCAACAUCAGCAGCAGCAGCAACAACAACGUCGUCAUCAUCAUCGUCACCAUCAUCACCACCACCAUCACCAUCACCAUCAUAGAGAGCAACAGCAAACGUUACAUGCACCACCACCACCUCUACCACCCCAACAAACACCUACAGGGUCGUCGUACUCGCCCGUACAGACGCUCGAAGACGAUCGUUACUCGCCGAGAACCUCCAGGCAUUCCUGCAGAAGCUCGACGAGAUCUUCGCAGUCGCCGUCGCUAUCACCGUCGUCGAGAACGGCGACCCCGUCGCCACCGUCGGCGCCCGUUAGGCCGGCACCACCUCAACGUUUUCAUCACUUCCCGCAAUUUCCUUCGUCGCGUACCAUGAGGUGCUGUUGGGGUCUAAUAACGUGCAGGUGGUUGUCCUGCAAGGCCAAGGGUAGCGCUAGAAUCGACUUCAUAUCGCGGGCGGCCUUUCCCCUCAUGUUCAUCCUCUUCAACCUAACCUACUGGUCCGCUUACCUCUUUCGAGGUGAGGAUACCGUGGGUUCGAACUAGUAGAGAUGCGUUCCGAUUGCGAAGAGAAAAAAAAAGGGAAAGAGAAAGAAACAAAGAAGGAAUGAAAGAUGAUAGAUAGAUAGAUAGAUAGAUAGAUAGAUAAAUAGAUAUCGAAUGAACGAGGAUUAGCUUAAUGGAUGGAAUACAACAAGUCAACGAAGUUUGAAGACAUGAAACUACUCUAUCUUGCUCGAAAAAGGGAAGAACGUUCUUUGGCCGAUUUUGAGUCGGUCAUGCGACCAUCAAGCGAGGGAAAGUCGAAGGGAAAGAUAACUCUUUCGAAGAUGGAAAACGGCGGACAAAAGUAGAGGAUGAAAAUGAAGAUUCUCGGCGACGACGGCGGUAGGGAGUACUUCGUCAUAAGGAAAAACGAUGUGGGACAAGUUGUUCGGACGUGAAAGUGAUGGGAAAACUCUCGCGUUGUCUUUCCAUCGAAAGAGAACGUGAGAGAUUGCGGAAACACACACUGAUACACACGCACGCGCACAUGCGCACAUAUACACAGACACACAUACACGUAUGCUGGUGCCAUUAUACUCUCGACUCAUAAAACACACACAUACAAGCGCAUGAAUAGACGGGAGGGGACACACGAAUACAUAUUAACAUAGAGAGUUACAUAACACACACGUACACAUCUAUUUACAAGCGCAAAAAGAUUUACACACACAUACACACUCGGAAGACCGCGUGCCACAGAGACUGAAGAGAAAUCAACGCAGUGGGCCCUGUAUAGCCACGGCCUGUUAACAAUUUACAAUGCAUAUAAGUUUAUAAAUACUAUAAAUCUAACGUAUUGAGACAAGUAACUCGUUAUUGCAGUCAGUGAAUCCUUUAUAUAUGCGUAUAUAUAAAUAUAUACAUAUAAAUAUAUAAGCAUACAAUCGUAAGAUUUCCAGUCUCGUGAUCGUCAUUGAAGGGGAGGAAAAGAUAAGAGAAAACAAAAAAAAAGAAGAAGAGAAAAAAGAAAAAAAAAGAGCAAAGGAAACAAUGGUUGAAUUACAAAAUAAUAUAAAAUUAAAUGAGGUAAAAAAAGAAAGGAAAAGAAAAAAAAACCAAGGAAAAAAAAAGGAAAAAAGAUAAGACUAAAGGGAUAAGAGAAAAUACGAGGGAAGGCAAAAGAAAGAAAAAAAAAAAGAGAAAAAAAAAGAAAAAGAAAUGAGGAAACGAGACCAUCUUAGAUAAAGGACACACACUCUCUCUCUUUCUCUCCCUCUCUCUCUCUCUCUCUAUUUCUGUCUCUCUUUCUUCCACCCUCCAUCCCUCUUGUUUUUUUCGUGUCUCAUUUUACUGUCGUUUCGAAGAGACGCUUUCUUCUUUUUUUUUUUUUCUUUUUUUGUUGGAAUCGACGAAACGUAAGAAUCGGGGAUGAAGACGUCGAUUCGGUGCGGCAAUGAAACGAUAGAUAGCGAUGAAAAGAAUGAAAAUUUUCUUCGAAGAAAACAAAGAGAUGGAUGGUCGUCGUUUGUCCUCCUUCUCUUUCUCCUCCUCCUCCUCCUCCUCCUCCUUUUCCACCAUCCUUUUCUUUUACCCUUUCACCCUUGCUUUUUCUAUCUCUUCCCUCUCUCUUCUCUGUCUCUCUCUUUCUCUCUCACGAUAUAUCAAAGAUCGACAGGAGUUAAGGUUCUUAAAAGGCUUGAUCGUAACGCUCGAGGCUGGAAAUCUCGCACGGUAGAUAAUACGAAUCAAUAAUUUAAUCGUCCAUAAGGACAUGAUGUUUUCCGUCAGAGAAGGAAGAUAAGUGUACAAGUAUUUUCUCGUAUAAAGAAAAAUCUUGAUCGAUCGUAAAUUACUAGAAUGAGUGAAAGAGAGGAACGUACAUAUAUACUUAUUAUAUACAUACAUAUAUAUGUAUGUAUGUAUGUGUGUUCGUGUGAGUAGAUAUUUACGUAUCGACAUACGUAUUUACGAUCGAUGAUAUAAAUCUAACUAAGAUAAGAAGGAUUAAACAAAUGAUAAAAAAUGAUAAAAAAUGAUUGAAAAGAAUAAAAGGAUAAAGAAAAGGAAAAAUAUUUAUUUCUUAUUUCGUAUAUUAAGUCGGAGACAGGAGAAGAAAAAGCAGAAUUCUCGUUAAAAUAAUGUGGUACAAAUCUAAUACAAAAAAAACAGAGAGAGAAAGAGAGAGAGAAAGACCAAGAGAAAGAGAAAUAGAUAGAUAGAUAGAUAGAUAGAGGCAGAGAAAGGAAGAAAUAGAUAGAUAGUAGAAAAGAGGAAAAGAAUAAUUAGUAUAAAAGAAGAUGAUGAACUUCGAUGAAAUUCGAAUAAUCGCGUAGAAUUAAACAUUAUAUCUAAGAAGAAUCUAUGCAAUCUACAUGGCAAUCAGUCAACUGUAAUUGGAUAAGACUAGAUGGAGAAAAAAGGGACGAAGGGAAUGAGAAAAAGAAGGAAAAAGAAAGAGAGAGAGAGAGAAUGAGUUUUAUUUCCUACGAAGAGAAAUAUUCGUUUCGUUCUUCAUAGUCGUUUAAUUACAGAAAAACGAACGCGCAUUAAUUGGUGGCGCAAGCACGUAUGUACACGAAUAUAUAUGUAUAUACAUAUAUACGUCCGUAUAUACGAUAAAUUUUUUAAUUGGUUUUAAUAUCGAACGAACGGAUCUGAUGUCAAGCAAAUUAAAUCAAAAAAAGUACAAUUAUCGAAUGCUCGAGCUUAAGAUUUCAAGAGGAUUGCAGAUAAAUAAAAUUGAAAUCGUUAAAAUUAUCUUUUUUUAUCCUUUUCUAUGAUUUUUUUUUUUUUUAAGCCGAUUAAACAAAAUGUUCGAUUGCUAUUGGUCUCUUCUCCUUUUUUUUUAAUCAGUCUGUAUGAAAGAGAUAGAGAGAGAAAAGGGGAGAGGAGACAGAGAGAAAGAAAAAGAGAGAGAGAAAGAGAGAGAGAGAGAGAGAGAGAGAGAGAGAGAGAAGGAAAAAGAGAGAGAUACACACGACACAUACAAACACAAACAAGUAAAAAGUUUAAGAACGAUGAAUUCAAAAUAAUGCGAUUUCGUUGCCGAUCCAAUUGAUGGAAUUAUGUCGUAAAAAAUCCGACGUAUUACGUAUUGUAUAUAUUUAGAAAUAAAGAGAAAACAGUGUUUAUUGUUAAAAGAAAAAAACAAACAAACAAAAUUCAUCGACGAGAUUAUUCAUCGUCGCGUUGGUGUAAAGAAAUAUAUAUAAAAAAAAAAAAAAUGAAAGAAAGAAAGAUAUGGAAAAAAAAAGGAUAGGAAAAAAGCCGCAAGGUCGAAGCUCAACAUUAUUUUAUUCCAGGGAUUGUGGAAUGAUCUGUCCGAGGAAAGUAAAAGAAAUAAAUAAAUAAAUAAAAAGAAAACUUGAACAAGAGUUCGUUCAUUCGUUUAGAGUCAUGGGGGAUUUUCGAAAUCAAAAAUAAAAAACUAUGGCGAAUUGGCUAAUGUUAUAAUAGAUCAUUCGUUAUAUGAUCGAUCGUUUGCUUGAAACUUCAUGCAUAAGAAAAAAAAAAAGGAAAAAACAUUACAAAUUUUGCAUCUGGACGUAUAAAACAAAAAUAUCGUCAUCACUCCGAUAUCGAGAAUUUUAAUUUCCAUCACGAACGUAAAAUUUACUUUUUCAAAAUUUAUUAGUCGUUUAUUCUCGAUUAUUCGACGACAUCGACGAUAACAAAAGCACUUUGGAUCGGCCAUUAAAAAUUAUUUAAAUUAAAUCUAUGAAUUCAUUAUACGCAUUAAUUCGUGCUUGAUCUUAUCAAUCCUUCCGAUGGAUUAAAAAAAAUGUAUAUAGAAUUCCGCGAAUGAGAAAUUAUAAUAAUAAAUACAUGGUUCGUUUUGCGAAGUUGUCAUCAUUUAAGUAACUUAUUGUUAGUACUAGAUCAAUCGAUUGAACGACAUAAUAUCGCUUUUUGUUGAUCUUUCGCGUGAAUUUCGGACAACAACAAGAAACAAGAUAGAAAAUUAAAAAAGAAAAAGAAAAGAAAAAGAGAAGAAGAAACACACGUACACACAUGCGCACACGUAAAAUAUAAAAAAAAAAGGAAAAAAAAAAGAUUUAAGUGACUCGUAACGCGUCUGUACAUAAAUCGCAAGGAGAAUGAGAAUGGUUAACGCGUUGCGACUCAUACUCGACACGAAUUAUAUUCGUACGCAUCCUUUUAUCAAUAUCUCGAUUUAAUUGUAAACGAAUGAAAAAGAAAAAAAAAAAGAAAAAAGAAAAAAAAAUCACUUUCAUCGAUAGGACGGAGAAAUCAGUAUUAAACGAAAACAGACAUUUUAAUCGCAUUCGAGUAUUCGUACGUUAAAUCCUUCAACAAAAAAAAAAAAGAAGAAAAAAGGAAAAAAAAAAGAAAAAGAAAAAAGCCAUAUACAAUGUAUAUAGUACAAUACGAGCACGUACGGUAUAUAAAUAAAAAUAUUAUAUUAAAACAGUUAUUGUAAACGGUACGAUACUAUCUGAAGUUAAAAACCAAAAAAAAGAAAAAAUAAAUAAAUAAAAAAUAAAAAAUCGUCGAUGUAAAACACAACUAAGAAGUGGGAAAGGGCAUAAUAGAAUAGUAAAGAUAAGAAAAGAAAGGAAUAAAAAACAAAUAAGAGAAAUGGGAAAAGAUGGAGAAAGAAAAAAAGAGAGAAAGAGAAGAAGUUAGAGAGAAAGAGUGAGAGAGAAAGGGAGAGAAAAGAAAAAAGAAAAGGAAAGAAAGUUCGCCGUAUUCCUGUAUACAUAAUAUUAUCGCAAUAUACAUAAAUUAAUAGAAAACACUCGUUAGAACUUCGAAAAAGAGAAAUUUUCCCUCGAUCUUGAGAGAAACGAUUUCAAUUUUAACGUCGACGGAGAACUCUAUGAAAGAAACUCGCUUUUUUUUUCAUAGUACAUAUAAAAGAAAAAAUAUCGCCUAAUAAUCUCUCUUACAUCCCAAUCCUUCAUAUAACGUGUAAGUAUGGACAUAAGCAAAGGAAGUAAAUUAUUAUUGGAAGAAGGAUGGAAAAUUGUUCAACGAUCGUACGAAUUUCGAGUUAAAAAAAAAAAAAAGAAAGAAGUAGAAAAAAAGAAAAAAAAGAAAAAAAAAAGAAAAAAAAUAAGAAAGAAAGAAAGGAAAAAAGAAAAAAAUUGAUCCUUCUCGGUCCAUUUCCUCGAAUUAAUUUUGAUUGUACCUAUAGUUAAGAAUAUAAUCUUUACGAACUGUUAAUUAUAACAACGUUCCGACUAAUCUUAGCGUCCACGGUUGCACGGUUAAUUGGCUGACGAACUGACGUCAUUCAAAAUAUAGAUACGUACAUAUGUAUGUACAUACAUAUAGGUAUAUAUGACGUCCGUACGCGUAGGAUUAAUCUUAUAACAUUAAUGACCGUGUUUUCUGUGCCAUUGAGCUUGGAUUCACGCGUUAAUAAGGAACUUUUAAAAAGCAUAUUGAGACCGUCUAAUAAAAAUUUCCUGUACAUAUACUCCGCGAAAGGAUUUAAAGGAUUUUAUACGUAAGUAUGUACGUACAUACGUAUCUAUGCACAAAAAGAAAAUUAAAAAUUCGUACAAUUUAUCGCGGUCUACGAAAUAUUUUCAAUUAUAUAAAGAAAGAACAAUAUGAUUCAUUUUAAAGUGUCAACCUAUCGCAGAAGUUGGGUUCUUAUGACUCUUUCUUUUUUGUACGUCAUACGAACUCAUAAGUAAGUACUACGUGCAUUAUAGCAAGUAGAUAUUCUUACGGGAGUUACAGAAAAAAAAAUGAAAAACAAAAAAAGAUAAAAGAUAUAUCCAACGGAGAAGAGUAUGACAAAGAAGGUAAACAAAAAAAGAAAUAAGAAAAAGAAGAAGAGGAGGAGGAGAAAGAUACAACUGAAUAGAUGCAUAUAAAAAUAAUAUUCGAUUGUUUUACCGUGAACAAUUCGUACGUUACAUAUUCAUCGAAUAGAUUUUUCUUUGCCAUCGUGAAAUACAUAAGGCGAUACAUAAGUAAGAACUUACGUAGACCGAUUAGAACUCACCGAUCGAAUUCGUUCGUUUUCCUUGAUAAAAAAUAUUUCGUAAUGUGUGAUAAAAAGGACUGAUCGUUUGGUUUUCAUCAUACCGACGAUUUCAUCUUUCUUCCCUAAUUCCUUUUUCCUUUAAAAUUUUCAUUUGUACGAUAAUAUAAACGCAUUCCCUACAAUCUUUCGUGCGAUAUUAGAAUAAUAGAUAUAAACGAUGAAAAAAAGAGAAUAAAAAUGACGAUAAAUUAAAAAGUGUCUCUUUCGACGUAAAUCGUAUUAAUUAUAUUAUUUAAGGAGAAAGACGGAACUAAUUGUAUCGUUUUUAAUCGAAAUAAUAAAAGUAAGCACUCAAUGUAACCCCUGACCAAUGUAAACCGGAAGUAGGCGAACGAUUAACGAAAGAAUUGUUCAAAGUUACACAGACUUCGAACAUGUCGUUUGUGUUGUAAAUAAGAAAACUAUUCGUAAAUUAAUAUCGCGGCUAUAAAGAUCGGAGGGGAACGGAAAAAAAAGAUAAACGAGAGGAAACGAAACGACAAACCAGUUCGAAUCGAUUUAUUUAAAAUUUUACGCAAAAAUACAAGUUCGUAAAAAGAUAGACGGACAGAGAAAAGGAAAAUAGUAAAUUUCAAUAAACUUGUAUUGUCAGAGUCGCGAGAACAAUUAAUUGAUAAACGUAUCAUUAACAAUUAAUAAAAGAUUCAAUAAAAAUGCCAAAAGACGUGAUUUUAAAAAGUUAAAAUUAUUCAUUCCCACGAGAAAAAAGGAAAGAAAGAUAAAGAAAACAUGUACUACGCACGCAAAAUCGUAAAAGUUUCGUUUCCUCAAAGUUUAAUGUAGAUUUUUAUUGGAAAAGAUCUAACAAUCUUAUUUCUUUAAAAAAGGUCGGUUUUGCUUGAUGAUAAAAAUCUAUGAUGAUUGCAACAGUGAGAGAGAGAGAGAGAGAGAGAGAGAGAGAGAGAGAGAGAGAGAGAGAGAGAGAGAGAGAGAGAGGGAGAGAGAGAGAGAGAAAGGAAGGGAGAGUGAAAGAAUGAGCGAAAAGAAAGAAAAAUGAAGAAGAAUCGUCGCCAUUGACGAACGAAUGAAAAAAAAAAGAAAAAAGAAAAGAAAAAUUUGCAUAACGGAAUCCGUUUCCUUGUCUGAUCCUCACUUUUUCCCGAUACUACCGCCGAAAUUAACGGGACGAAUUGAAAUAAGGGAUGAACUAGGAGAAAGUUUGCGCGAAGUUGGCAUAUUUUAAUUAACGUGCUUCGUCGGAUCUGCACCUCGGUUUUAAUGAAAAAUAAAUGCAAAAGAAAAAAAAUAAAAGAAAAUAUACACGCGCGCGCACAUACACACGAUAAAGAAAAAAUGAAUAAAAAGAUAGAGAUAGUGAGAGAAAGAGACAGAGAGAGAGAGAGAGAGAGAGAGAGAGAGAACGUCAAAAUUCUUCGAGAUCUCGUUAAUAAUUCCCUUAUCUUUAUUCGCCCUGUAAUUAUGUAAAAGUAGAUUAAACGUUGUCCACGUAAUCCUAAGGAUCGCUGUAAAAACCCUUUUAUGAAAAAAGCGAGGAAACUGUCGGCUCGAGGAAUCGAACUCGCGUGAAUUCUUUCAAUUCGGACGCGUACAACGAGAAAACGAAAACGAAAAGAAACAAAAUAAAACAAAACUUAUGAAGAAAAGGAAAAAAGAAAAAAGGAAGAAGAAGAAAAAUGAGAAAAGAAGAGACCGUGAAAUAUUUCGAUUGCGUAAAAUAAUUUACAAAAAGAAAAAAAAAACAAUCAAAACGAAAUCGAGACAAAUGAUAAAUAUGUAAGAAAAGUCGACGGCGCAUAGUCCCCAAUGGUCUUGCAUGAUUUGCGAAAUAGAACUAAAAUCGAUUAGACUGUCAAUUAAGUAUCCUUACAAAUGUAUAUGUGCUACAAUACUUAUACAUUCGACUGGCCGAUUUAAUUGUUUUCGCAUAAACUUAAACGAGAAUAUGAUCAAAAUUGUACAAAAAAAAAAAAAACACAAAAAAGAAAACAAAAAAGGUAAAGGUAAGGUAAGGUAAAAAAAAAAAGGAAAAGAAAAGGAAAAAGGACAGAACCGUUAACUAUUCGUAUCUCGACGUUUUCCACGGUUUAAAAAUUGGACAUAAAAUAGAAAAUACAGAGAGAGAGAGAAAAAAAGAUUAGAAAUUUAACGAUCAUUUUAAUCGAAACAUGAAAUACGGAAAAAUAUAUGAAAAAAAAAAAAAAAAUAAAACUUGCGCCGUACAAUUUGCCAAAAGUAUUUAAUUAAGAGAUACACGCACUAUGAGAGAACGUGAAUUCCUCGAUAAAAUCCCGUAACAGUAUUCUAAAAUUAACAUAAGAAUUUUAAUUACCAUCAUUGUAAUUACGGAAAUAUUAAAUGACAGAGAUGAAGAUUGAUGUUUAUAGAGGGAGUCCAACCUUCGAGGUCAUUUUAUCCGAAAAUUAUCGUUUAAUAAAAGGAACGAAUGCGUUCCUCUCGUCUUUUUA